UUCGCUGAACGCACCCUAUGCUCUCUCGAUCGAUUUGUUUGAAGGUUAUGUUUGCGUUAAAAUUGGCGGCAAUCUGUAACUCACGUAUUGAAUUUUCAUUAUAAACUGACAAACCUAACAUUUAGUUUAUAGUGGCAAAAUCAGUGUUUUGUACGAUUGUGAGACAGGCAUACGAUAAUGGUUCGGCGAAAACCUACACCUAGAUCACACAGUUCACGUGAGCGUUCUUCAGUGAGGAAACAAAAGGAUACAGAAGUAAUAAUAUAUAAGAAAAAGAAGCGAUUUCACGUACUAAGGGAAAUUAGGCAUCUGAGGCACACUACUAAUUUAUUAAUCCCUAAAUUACCCUUUGCACGCUUAGUUAGAGAGAUUAUGUUCGAAAUAUUCCCAAGGCAGGUUAUUAAUAGGUUACAAGCAUCCGCCCUCGAAGCCCUGCAAGAGGCUACGGAGAUGUACAUCGUACAAUUCUUCGAGGACGCAGUACUGCUGGCGUUACAUGCAAAACGUGUGACUCUAAUGCGAAACGACAUGAUUCUAAUGCGUAGACUGCGAGGUCGUGACGAUAUUAUCAACCGAUGAUCUCGUUUUUAUGUCACCAGUAUUUUUAACUUGUUCUUGUGAAGAGAUUUAGUUCAAGACUUAUGGACACACGUGACAAGACGUCUAUCGUCGCAUAAUCAAAAUAAUAUAUAAUAGAGUAUUAUUGAAAUCAAAUAUAAGUUGAAAUAUUCAAUAUAUUGUUGAGGCUCCUGGUUUCUCACUAUGGAACUUUUAAUUGAUAGCGUUAGAAGCGAAAAAAUACAUAUCCAAAAUUCUUAUGUACCAUUUCCAAAAAAGAAAUUUGUAUAAAGGAACACUUCAUGGCGCUUAUGUAUACUUGUAAAAUACUUCGAAAAAAUUGCCGCUUGAAAAUUUUCCUUUGAUCAAUAAAUAGCCAUAAAAUUAAUAUGAUAUGUGACUUUCCUCUUUGACUUGUCUUUUUCUAUUUUCGAUUUCGUUACGUUAAUUUUGCAGUUAUUUAUUAACUGUCAAAAUAAAAGUAUAGUUUUCAAGACAAUUUACAAGUAUGUACAAGCCAUCUGAAGUGUUAUUUCAUAGAAAUAUCUUUUUACUUGAUAGUGACAAAAAAGAAUUCUGGACAUGCAUUUCUUCGCUUCUGACAUCAGUCGAGAGUUCCGUGAAAGAGAGAUAGCAGCUUUAUACCAGAUAUGAAUUUAACGAGUUUAAUCACGAUUUUGUAAAUGCGCGAAAGAGGAACCGACGUUGAUUGUUGUAUCCUUGUCAGCAUAACAUAAACAUAGCAAAGAUAAUAUUACAUGUAGAUGAUAUCCAAAUAUAAAUUCGUUAAUGUGGUACUGUUAAUCUCUGCUUAAAAGAGUAUAAGAAGUAUUAUAAAAAUAUAAAAAAUAAAAUUGCGAGACUCCGGGACACGCGAUAAAUUCCUCAUUGUUCUUUGUGAGACAAGGAAAAAUUCAAUUCUGUUUAAUUAUAAGAUAUUGACAACGUAAUAAAUUUUUCGUUUCAUGAU